AAAAAAAAAAUCGCACCCACCAUUUUAGGAGAGAAAGUGAGAAAAGCUGCUGAGAAAUCCAAACUCCAGCGAAGGCAACGGAUGCAACUCUGUUUCGUUACGAAUGGCACAGAGAACACAUCGCUCUCGGGUCGCAUUCACUUGACUUUUCCUUUGAUUCGAAUCUAUCUGUUGCCGUUUCUGCGGUCGAAUUACUGUCUGUAUUUUAUAUUUAUCUUUCGUCUUCUUACCUCUUUCGAGACGGUUAAUGGUGGCUUCACUUGCGCUCUCUUGGCGUUCUGGGAGAAAAGGGUUCCUGUUGUUGAUCAUUAAUAUGUUGUCAGUAGAGAAGCCUCCUUGUUUGCCCCAUUUUGUUUUCUUCUGUUAGUAUAAUAAACUUGACUCGGGUCUUUCCAUUCAGUAUCUAUAAGCAUUGAAUUGGGGUUUGUAGAUUGGGAGAUCCGUUGUUAUUUGAUGAACUUCUUAGUUAGGAGUGAAGGUUAGGUAGAAUGGAAGGGAGAGGGAGGAGAAAUGGAUUACGAGUGAGUCCGGAGAGAUCCAAGGUAUGGAUGGAGCCUUCGCCGAAGCAUCAGAUGCAGCGGCAGCAAGGGGGGAAGGUUCCGGUGGUGUAUUAUCUCUGCAAGAAUCGCCAUCUCGAGCACCCGCACUUUAUUGAGGUCCCUCUUUCUUCGCCUGGAGGUCUCUACCUAAAAGAUGUGAUUAAUCGGCUUGUUGUUUUGAGAGGGAAGCGGAUGCCUAAAAUGUAUUCUUGGUCUUGUAAGAGGAGCUACAAGAAUGGAUUUGUCUGGCAGGACCUCUCUGAGGACGAUCUUAUACUUCCAGCCCAUGGAAAUGAGUACAUUCUUAAGGGUUCUGAGCUUUUGGACCAGACUCCUCCAGAUAGGCUUCAAGACACUGGCAAUAAUUCGAGGCUACAAAAAUAUGUGCCUCCGCAACAAGAUCAGUCCACAUGUUCUAGGGCACUAGAGGCCUCUUCUUCUUACUCAUCUCCUGUCAGUACAGUGAGAGAGGGAAAGUCUCCAUCUCCACCACCACACACAACACCUCCACAUCAGGAAGAUGAUAACCCAAUUCCUCUCCAUCAGAGCUCAUCCCCAGAGACAAGUUUCCCCAAUUUUGGAGAGUGCCGGGCUUUCAUGCUGAGUGGAGCUCAGGAUGCUUCGACCCAGACAGAGGAGAGAGGAGAAAGGAGGGAACAGGAGCCAAGCACUCAAACCACAAGUUUCUCAACUGGCGAUGAUUUGACCAAUGUGAUCCAGCAGAACCUGGGUACUCCAUCCAAUGAUGUUAUUAAAAAGGAGAUCUCACCAAGUAGAACACCAUCAAGUGCAUCUUCUGGAACGAAGAUUGACACCUUAGAAUCAUUGAUCAGGGCUGAAGUGAACAAAAUCAAUAGCUUCAGGAUAAUUGAGGAGGAGGAGCUCGUGCCAACGAAAGUAAAGAUGAAAAGAACGAAUGCACUUCUACAACUGCUCACAUGUGGAUCAACCUUUGUUAAGGAUCACCAUAGCUUUGGGUUUAUACCGACUUACAAGCCCAGGUUCUUGAAGAUGAGUUUAGGGCCAACAUUCCCAAGUUCCAUGACACUAAGAGAGCUUGACUACAUGUCAGGAAGCUCAAGGGUGAUGAGGUUGGGGACUGAACGAAGGACUUCUUUCAGCAGAAAUCUAGCUGAAAAUUGCCUAAUGUACAAAGAGGAUGGAGUUGAAGCAUCUCCCAGCUUCAAUUGCCCUCCUUUCUACAAUGGGGACAUGAGUUACAGGUCACCUGAUAUAAAAGGAAAUAAGGAAAAGAUUGCAGAUUUAGUAGGCCCUAACUCUCCAUCUUGGUGCAGUAAGCCAAUGAUAAAUGGAACAGUUAAUUCGCCUAUAUUAGAUGCUAGAAACUCCUCAGCUCAACAAAGCCAUGACACAUUCCCAUCUACAAGUUCAUUCAGUGCAAGUCAAAGGACUGCGGAUGUUACCGCAUCAAAAGUAUCAUCUACGAGGGUGGAAUCUGUUCAAGAUGAAACUGAAAGGACAAUCAAGAUUGAGGAAAGGCUUGCUUCAGGAGCUCGGAUUAUAAUUCAGUCAAGAGUUCCUCCUGAUUAUAAUGAUAAUAGUUCUGGUUGUUAAAAGGAAGGUUUGCUUUGUAAAAAGUAUUUGUUUUUUGCACUUCCUAGUCAGUUGUGCAUCGAGUGAGUUGGAUUUUUUUUCUUUAAUUUUGUUGUAAGUUCCUUUUUUCAAAUUUUUUACCUAUAUCAAUUGUCUAGCAUAUUCUUAAUUCUUAGUGUUGAAAGCUCCCUAAUUCACUCUGCCUGCAAUGCUAUAAUUAGAACGGAACACAGAUUCAACAAUUAUGCACAUUAGUAUUCAAAUGUAACCUCACUUAUCCUCUUUGUUUUAAUGGUAUUCAGAAACCAUUUACUUUUA